AUGGACUGUUACUGGCUGGGUCCAGCCGACGACCCGUUUACAUAUCACUACAAGCGGCCAGUGUUACGUGCACAACGAACCACGAGCGCUUCGAGACUCAAAACUCGGCUGCGACAAACCUUGGCCCUGGUUAGGGCGAGAUAUCUGGGUUGCCGAAUCGUCUUCAUGCUCACAUCGGUUAUACUACGGAGUAGUGACUAA